GUGAGAACGCAGCAUGCAUUCAGUCCAGGUAGGGAUGUGGGACCCCCGGGCCCCUUCUAAACAUGACUCGCCCCUCGCCUCACCACCCCCCUCUGACGUGCGCCUCGCCCACGGGACCACAGACUGCCCGGCGAAGCGGAUCACCUUCUACAAAAGCGGCGACAGCCAGUUCGGGGGCGUCAGGAUGGCCGUCCACAGGCGCAGCUUCAAAUGCUUCGACGCCCUGCUGGACGACCUUUCCCAAAAGGUGCCCCUUCCGUUUGGUGUGCGGACUGUAACCACUCCCCGUGGCACCAACACCAUCCAACACCUCGAGCAGCUCCAGGACGGCGGCUGCUACCUGUGCUCUGACCGGCGCCAGGCUAAGCCGAUCAACAUGGAGCUGGCAAGCAAACGCCCGAGCAUCUGGUCCCAUCACAACCGCCGACCCCAGCGGCCCGAGAGCUCGUCCACGACACCACCCAACCAUCUGCCCUACAGGCAGCGGCGGAUCCUGCUGGUGAAGAACAGCGAGCCGGGCACGAGGAGGAGCGUGGUGCUGAGCAGGAGGUCCACCAGGAGCCUCGGGGCGUUUCUGGAUGAAGUGUCAGAGGUGAUGCAGUUUCACGUUCGCAAGCUCUACACUGCAGAGGGACGCAAGAUCGACAACGUGCAGAGCCUGAUGACCUGCCCCCCCGUGUUGGUGUGCGUCGGCCGGGAAGCGUUCAGUCCCGUGCUGGCCAACUUCAUCAAAAAGAACUCGGAGGAAAAGCUGCCUGGUCUGGACAGCAGGUCGCCCGGUCUCGGCCCCAGGACUCCAGGAAACGGGGUCAGAUCUCCUGCUGUUCAGGGAGCGAGAUCCCCGCCUCAUGGAGCUCAGUCCAGAGCCAGCGAGUACAGCGAAGGACAUGAGAGCAAGAAAAAUGUGAACUUCGGUCUGGAAACCAAGAAGAGCAUCAUCCACCCUCGUUCUGACUCCUCAAACCGCUCCAACCAUUUCUCGAUGUCUUCAGAGAAGUCGUACGGGAACGGCGUCAGCUCCUACUCCCAGGCCCGGCCGGCGAUUAUGAACGAUGACAUCGAAAAGCGUGUGCUUGUGAAUAAAGACGGCAGCCUCUCGGUCGAGAUGAGGGUCCGCUUUCGCCUCCACAACGAUGAGACCGUCCACUGGUCCACGCAGAUUAAAAAAUCCCCAUCUCUGACCAAUGACUGUUGUCCCCUGAGCCAGGUCCAGCCCCACUACCUGAACAAUGGCCAAUCAGAAAGCUGUUCCGAUCCGGAUUCCAUGUCAUUCGACCCGGAGGUCGUGGAUUACUCCAGCCAACCUGUGCAGCAUGCAUUGGAAGCAAACCACUGCCCCUGCUGUUACCAGCGACCAGAGCAGCACUACGACUUGUGGGAGAAUCCAGCACACACCCGCAAACAGCCUCUGGUCCCACCCCCCCAUCCACUCACGUCCAGCCACACCAGAAGGAGACACACCAACUCCUCAAGCUCUUCUUCUUCCUGUAAUUCCAGGAGAGUGGUGCACCGUCGAGCUCAGCUCUCCAGCUGCGGAGGCGGAUCAGGCUCAGAGCAGAGCCAGCUGAUCCAGCAGGAGAUGUGUGUGACGGAGCAGGUUGAACACACAGUAGAGGUGGAGCAGGACGGAGACAAUCACAUUGAGGUAUGCAGGGUGAGCCGGUGUCACAGCCGCAGCGAAGUGGUCACCAGAGACAGCAACCAUCGACCUCUCAGCAGCAAGUCAGGGGAGGAAGAGGUGAUGAUCGAGGAAGAGCAGGAGCGUCCACAGUCUGCAGUCAGCUGCUCCUCAAAUGUCCUGCAGUCAUUAGAGGAGGAUCAGGAUGAGGAGGAGGAGGACCUGCCACCCAGCGCUUCACGGUGCCACCACAGCGAUGAACCAUCACCAUCUCCAUCAAGCAAAAUCUCAACAGUUAAAAAGCACAAGGGCGGGGAAGAGAGAGCGAGCAGCGCAGUGUCUGCAGCUUCUUCCUGUUGCUGUGGAUCCGUCACGCAACUUCCAACAGCUGAAGCAGAGGAGAUGGAUCGGGCCCCCAGCUCCAAGUCCAAAGUGAGCAGAGCCUCUUGCAGGUCUGGUCGCACAGGACUUUCAACAAGCUCUAAGAAAUCCGGGGCAUCGACUGUGUGCCCCGACUGUGGCGGCUGCAAACAAGGAGCCACUUCAAACCCUGGUUCACCGCAACACAAGAAGGAGAACGGCUCCAGCGACAGUAAUGAUGACACCUCGGAGGAUUCAGCCGGGUCAACACAAUCCAACAAGUCCAACCUCACCAACUGUGGCCGCAACUCUGCAGAAUCAAACGUCUUGGAGUGCAGAGCAUCUAGUGCCGUUUCCAGAGCAUCCAGUCCUGAAGUAAAAGAAGAAGAAAGGGCUACGAGUGCCAUCUCAGCAGCAAGCCACACGUCCAAUAGGUCACACAGGUCUGGUCGUAAUGGGGCCACUGGUGUCAUAGUGGACAAAGAGGAGGGGAGGAGCCUCAGCAACAUGUCUGCCAGGUCCAGGAAGUCUAAAACACCUGACGCGAGAACAACAAAGGAAGCCGAGGCAGAAAAUGAUGGAGAGAGAGCAAUCAGCUCGUUGUCAGUCAAAUCUGGUGUUUCAGCAAAGACCGGCACUUCAGUCAAAUCUCACAAGUCCAACUGUCCAUUAAAAAGUAACGCUGCCUCCCCAACUGACAAUACAGCUGUUGAAGAGGAGGUGACACGCAAAAAAUCUCCCAGUAGCCUUUCUGAAAGACCCCAUAGUGCCCUGUCGGCGAAAUCAAAUGUGACAGCAAAGUCAAACGCUUCUCACAGGUCUGCGUGCAGUCGCUGUGCACAAGUUAAAUCUCCAGGUGCCGAGGAGGCAACAAGAGAGGAAGAAGGAACAGACGGGCAGAACAGAACAGCGAGUGCCAUGUCAGUCAAGUCUAAUCUGUCGGUCAAGUCUAAUAAUUCCCAUAAGUCCACCAAAGCUUCAGAGAGGUCACUAUCGCCCAGGGCAGAGGCUCAGGGGGAGGAAAGGCCAGCAAGUCAAAUGUCUGCCAGAUCAGUCAAAUCAACAAAUGGGUCUGUAAAGUCCUCGAAGUCACGCAAGUCUCACUGCGAAGGGAAUGAAACUGAGGCAUCUCUGAGCUCAAAGGUAGAAGAGGAACCAGAGGAGACACAAGGUGAGAUGGUGGAAGAAGAAACACAACAUGAGCCAGACAGAGCCAGCGCCCGGUCCACAAUGUCUCAUAGAUCCAAAAUGUCCAAUAAGAAUACAGGAGAUGCUAAUGAGCGGACUGCCAGUGUUUUAUCUGGUAAAUCAGCUCUCUCUGAGAAGUCCCACCAUUCAAAGACAGACGUGGACAGAAGUCCUAGUGCUGCGUCUGGGAAGUCCAGGAAGUCCAAGUGCUCUGCAGCUUCUCCACAUGGAGACGAGCAGCCAACUGAGACCGAAGAGCGGGUUGCCAGUGCCAUGUCUGUCAAGUCCAAAUCGUCAGCACGGUCCAAUCUCCAAUCGGCGUCACCGGGUCCAAAUGCUGUUACCAUUAACUCGGCCGAGGAGGUUGAGGAAGAAGGAAAAGAGACGACAGAGAGAGCUCCAAGCGCUGCAUCAGCUAAAUCUGAAAAAUCUCAUGUUUCAUCCAAUCAUAGUGGACGUAAAGCUCCAGCCGCACCAAGAAGUCGUCAAUCCUCUGCACGACAGUUGGUGCCUGGCUCCGGUUUGGGGGAGAUGAGAGGUUCCAGUGCUUUGUCAGUUAGCUCUGCAACCUCGGCUAAAUCUGGCCGCUCCAAAUGUCGCUGUGGAGCAGCUUCAGGGGAGGAUCAGAAGGAGGGAAAUGAUGAGGAGGCUUCUGAACAGGCUGCAAGCGUCUUAUCAUCCUCCUCCAAGAGACAGAGGAGGGAUUCAGGAGGCACCGAGCAGCCGUUGAGUCGAUGCUCAUCAGGCUCAGUCUCUCUCGGGUUGCCAGAAGACCAAGAAGCAGCUGAUUCAGACAGUGGGAAGUCCAGUUUUUCAUUUUGCACAAACACUGAGAGUAAAGGCCGAGUGAAGACGGCAGCAUCUGAGGGUCCUAAAACCCAGAGGGGCUCUGCUGUGAAGAAAGAUGUCGAUAUCCCCACGAUAAAAACUCCAGGAGGGGGUGAUGGUCGAGAUGAAGAAGACGGUGGAGAGCAAAACGCAGAAAGAGCAGCCAGUGCAAUUUCUACCAAAAGUGGCAGAUCCCAAAAGUCCUCACCUAGCCGUAGCGCCAAAGUGACAGAAAAUAACCUUCAAACGGAAAGUGAGUCAAAAACUAUAAAUCUGAGCGCCAACAACAACAGAACCUCAUCUUCAAUGUCAUCAUCAAGUGCUAAAGUUCGGAACAAAUCCCCUGCAAGUGCCAAUGCAGCAAAAACCCCGGUUGGAGAUUCAUCAAGUAACGACGCUGGAAACAUCAGUGAGGUCAAAGGGCAAGAAGACGUUGCAGCCAGUGCCCACUCCAAGAGUCCCUGUUGCCUCAGGCCUGAAUCUGCAGCUUCAGCUCAAUCAGGCUCCAAAACGAAAGUCAGAUCAGUCAAAGGCCGUGAGUCCAGAUCUAAAGCAGGAAGCAACGGUGGUGACGUGGAGACACUCGUCAAAUCCUCGGACCCCUGUGCCCUGCCUGACUCCAGACCAGGCAGCAAAGUGGAGAGUGAGACCACUCUGUCUCACUCUGUGUCCGCUGCCGACCUGCUGAAGGAAACCAUGACUGCGUGUCCGGACAGGCCAGAGUCGAAGGCCAGCAAAACCAGUGACCGAACGGGGGGCGAGAAAAGCCCAAAGAGUCAGAGAAAAAGGAACCAGAAGGAGAAAAAGCCCGACCUCACACCUGCCUGUCUGCCAAACGCUUCCCCCAACGAGGUUGUGAACGACUGGCUGCGGAGCAUUCCUGCCAACAGCAGCAUGCUGGCACUGGGCGACGAGCUGGAAGAGGGCGAGCAGGAGGCGCAGGAGAAACCUGGAGAGGAGGAGGUGGCACAGGUGGAGGAGAGUCCUGAAGACGAUAAAGUUGAUGAGGAGGAGAAGGUUGAGUCAGAGGAGAAGCAGAAUUCAGAUCCAGCUCCAGGUGAUGAAACGGUGGCGUCUUGCCCCACUGGGCUGGAAAGUGCUGACUCACUGGCCAGGAACUUACAUCCGUCUGUGGCUGUGAUGAAGGUUCUUCUGAGUUCUUCUCUGGGCCGAUGCCGAAGUUUGCCAGAGGUGUCUCCAGUUUACGGCCGUCGAUUGAGCACGUCAGCCAGAGGGCUCCUGGACAGUUUGGCCCAGCUCCAGCUCAUCGAGCCGGCACUGAGCCCUGGUCGUGACCUGCAGAAAAACCCUAACCACCAGUAUGACGAGAUCAUGACCAUCCUCCAGUCGCUCUGGCUCACUGGGCCCAGUGACACUGAGUUCAAGAAGGGCAAAGACAUCGGCAAGGAGCAGGUGACUCCACCGAGGUCCUCAUCCGGGGUGGGAAUGAGCAGUGGCUCCGGCGGGUCGGGAAAGGAGAAUGGAAAUAAAGACGGACACGAAACACCUCCGAAGGAGAUUGAAUCUUUACCCGAGGUGCAGGUGCCGAGUGAAGAUCAAAGUACACUCCCUCAAAGCCUGGACAGCCCGAAAGCCACGGAGAACCCGUCAUCCUCGGACAAGAGCUCUGCCAACGACAGCUCCAAGUCCCCCACCGACAACGAGCAGGAGCCGCUGGACGACACCAGCUCAGGAACACCCUCGACUGUCCUGCGAGCGCCUCUGUCCGAAAAACUGUCCCAAGACCCCGAUCCAGUGUGGGUCCUGCACCUUCUGAAGAAGCUGGAGAAACAGUUCAUCAACCACUACAUCAACGCCAUGGCAGAGUUUAAAGUUCGCUGGGACCUGGACGACAGCCUCAUCCUGGACACCAUGAUGUCUGAGCUCAAGGAGGAGGUGAGUCGACGCAUCCAGAGCAGCAUCGAACGUGAGAUAAGGAAGAUUAAGGGCCGAGCGGGCAGAGGAGGACGGUCGCCCCGGCCCCCUCAGGGAGCGCACCUCUCCAGGGAGUCCACCGUGACGGAGAAGAGGCGUCGGAUUUUAAAGGUCAUGAAGAACCAAUCCGUGAAAACCACUGACUCUGUCAGUGAUGGAGAGAUGGAGGGUGAUUUCAGUGACCAGCGAAGUGAUGAUGAGUACUGCCCCUGCGAUGCUUGUGUCCGCAAGAAAAUGGAUGCCCGGCCUCUCGUGGUGAACCCAUUGGCGGCCAACGCACCAGUGGCGAUGGAGUUUGACCUUCUUAAGAUACUUCAGCUGAAGAAAAGCCCAGAGCCUGCGCCUGUAGCCGUGCACCAGUCUGCGGAGCUGGAAGGUGAGGAGGGGAGGAAUUUGGAGGUAGUGCAGGAGGAAGAGGAGGAGGAGGAGGAGGAAACAAAGGAGGACAUUAAAGCAGUGUUUGUGUUAGAGGAUAUGAUCCCAGAGGAGGACGAGGAAGAAGCUGAGGGUCAGACAGAAGAUGAGGAAAAGGUAGAAAAGGAGGAAAAUAGUGAAGAUGGUAAAGAGCAGGAAGAGGGAGUGAAAGAAGGUGAGGAAACCGGAGAAGAGGGCGCACAAGGAAAUGGAGAGGAGGAGGAGGGUGAGGGUCAGACAGAAGAAGAGGAGAAGGUAGAAAGAGAGGAAAAUAGUGAAGAUGGUAAGGAGCAAGAGGAGGUAGAGAAAGAAGGUGAGGAAACAGGAGAAGAGGGGGCACAAGGAAAUGAGGAGGAGGAGGAGGAGGGUGAGGCAGAAUGCCAAUGUGAGUGUGAUAGAAAUGAGGAGGAGAGUGACAAGGCUGAAGAGGAAGAGGAGGCUGAGGAGACUGGCGACAACACAGGGGAAGAUGAGGUGGAAGAUGAUGAGGACGAGACAGGAACUGGGGAGGAGGAGAGUGACCUGGAGACAGUUAAAGAAGCAGCAGUAGGUAAAGGAGAGACCACUGAGGGUCAGGAGGAGGAGGAAGAGGAGGAGGAGUGUGAGGCGUCUGAUUCUAAGCCAGUGGAAGAGGAAACGACAGAAAAGGAAAGUGGAGAAGAGGAGGCAGAGGAUGAAGAAGACGGGGAGGAUGGGGGCGGAGAGGAGGAGUCGCAUGAAGAGGGCGAGGGAGGAGAAAGUGAGGAGCAGGAAGGACCCCCCCCACAGGACCAGGGGCUGACUGAGGGAGAGGAGGCCGACGCUGAAGACUCAGACACAGACAAAAAAAGCCCCAGCGACACCAGUGCGGAUGAAGUUGUUGCUGGGACCACUGGUGACGAGGAAGAGAAAGAGGCGGGAGGAGGAGACGCCGUGGAGGAGUUCAAGCCCGAGGAAGAGGAGGAGGAGGAAGUGAACAGCAGCAGAAAAGAAGAGGGGGCCCUCCUCCAUCAGUUCACCAGGACGUCUGUGGAGUCCCAGCCCGGCUCCUUGGAGGACAUUCACACGGAUUCAGCUCCUGUCAGCACCAUAGAAGUGCCCAAGAUGGGGUCCACUGGGGGGGGUGCGAGCCCGAAGAGGAGCCGGUCGCCGGGGAGGGUCAAAUGUCGCAAACCCAAAGACCGAGAUAUGGACCUGGAUGAUUAUUAACCCACUUUAUGAUGUAGAUCUGCUUUCAAAAGGGUCCAUGACUCCCAGAAGCCCUUGCAACGUCCACAAAAACACUGAUUAUGUAGCCGAGGUAAAAAAUAUGAUCGCAGAGAGAGACUCAAACACUUGAAGCACUUUAACACUCCAGAUCCGAUGUAGGAGGAGUCACAUGACGAGGAAUCAUGAAACUUGAAUACUAUUUACUGAUAUGAGUUGUAUUUGUACAUUUUGGAAGGUAACUUUGUGUAUUCAGUGUAUUUCUGUACUGUAAAAUAAGGUAUAUUUUUGAAACUUUUUCUUUUUGACCCAUAUGGCUCAUAUAACCAUUAAUAAACCAAGUACCUCAGAUUUAAUGUAAAUCAAUUGAUUCAGUAGUUUGACAGAACGUCUGUAUUGAUCUUUGGUUGAGUAUCAGUUAACUUUUAUUUAAAUCAAUGCUGGAAUCUCAGUGUUAUUCUUGUAUCUAUUCCCGUAAAUGACUUUAUGAAGUACGUCAGUUUCUAGUAAGAAAUUAAUUUACUUUAUCAUAUUAUCUUAAAAGAUCCUUGUUUAAAUACUUCUCAGCAAAUGUACCUCAUUAUAUUUACCUAGAGGAAAAGAGCCGUGAACGUUUAUCGCACAUUUCCCAGGGAAUGUAAAUCUUGCACAACGUGACACUGAGCAUGUGUUUGUGGUUCUGACACAGAAACAUCUUCUGUAUUUACCGGCCGUCUGAAGUUUGACGUAAACCACCCUGAGGUGUGUGUUCCUCGCUGUAGAUUCAGGUUCAGGGUUUGUAUGAGCAGCCAUGUGGAACAGCAGCGUGAAGCGUGUCACUGAGGCCUUACUGUAUCCAUGGUUAUCCCAGGGCAGACUGACAGAAACACGGGGGGUGGGGGUGGGGGGAUCACGCGUAAUUGGCCGUCUUUUGUUUCCUGACAUCUCCGCCGUUAGUCAAGCAGAAUCCCGGAGCCUGUAAAAGACGCUGGGGUGGAUCAAUGAUGCUCUUUAAAAAGCUGGGAGAUAUUCUGAAGAGCCAUUUUCUCUCUUUUAACCCAAACCGAGCGGUGUGAGCUGUACCGAGUAUGUGUGUGUGUGUCUGUGUGUGUGUGUGCCUAUGCUGCUAUUGGUCUGUUUGACUGUCCAUCAAUCUGUGACAUCACCAAGUGAACAUCAUGUAUCUAUAGAGAAAAUGAAUGAAUAAAGUUGGUAUAAAUAAAAGAAAUGCAGAACAGUGGUUUAUUUGA